AUGGCGGCCUCGGGAGAUCUAAUCGACUUUGACGUGAUCGAGGGGCACAAGGAGAACAUCCAAGCGCUUCCCAGCGGUCGGUCAGCCAAGAAGCUGGCCGAAUUGUUUUCCCCGCGCCUCUUCAGCAACUACCCACCCCUUCGGGCUAUUCACGACCGCAUCCGAGCCGAGUACGAGGACGAGGUCGCGAAUCUUGCCGAAGCGGACGACCCUCUGGACGUGUUCGACCGAUACGAAACCUUCAUGUACCUGUCCCGCCAUGCGAUCGCCGAGACCCUCGCGUUGUACUACGAGGAGUACGCCGCCUGGCUCGAGGGCGCCGGACGAUGGAACCAAGCGGAGGAAGUUUACAAGAUGGGCAUCGAGAGAGAGGCGCGCCCCGUGCAGAGGCUGCUCCGCAAAUUCAAGGAGUUCGAGGAGAGGCGCGCCCAAGUAGAGGGUGCCGACGAUGCUCCUUCCUCCCCUGCCCUCCCCACGGCACGCCCUGCGCUUGCUGCCAAGGUAGACCCUUUUGCCGGGGCUUCUAGGCCUCUUGACCCCCAGGCCCCUAGCGGGCUCGGCACGUCGGCGAAGCCCGGCCGCGCUAAGCUAGCUGUUUUCUCGGACUCGGAUGCCGCCCCCAGCGCGUUGUCGGCGCGUGGCGCUGGUUCCAAGGGCUGGGACAGCAUUGGAUCGCUGGGCGACAGGAAGAAGGAGAACACGAUGGAAGCGAAGCCGUGGGCGGGAGAGACACUCAAGGCAGGCGGAAAGAAGAGGGCGGGGCCAAAGCUGGAGGUGUUCAAGGAUCAGGAGCGCAUCCUGGUUGACCUCGCGACCCUGUACCCGACGCCUAGUGAGGCCGGUACCGAACUUAGCUUCGAAGAGAUUUGGGCGAGGAACCGUGGCUGGCUAGACUGCUCCUGGGAGGAUGAGGAGGAGGAGGAGGCGGCUGGGGACGAGAAUGCGCCAUUUGACGAAAACUCUUCGCCUCAGGUCAUGGAGACUAUCAGCAGAGACAUGGAAAACCUCGUCGUCCAUAGGGAUGCCGAGAAUGAAAGGCCCCCAGCAAGGCAGAAAAUGGCGAUACACAGGGAUCCCGAAAACGAGAACCGACCCGUAGGGGCAGGGACAACAAAACUCAUGAUUCACAGGGACGACGAAAACGAGAAUCGGCCUGCCAAGGGCAAGCUAAUGGUUCACAAGGAUACUGAAGCCGCGUAUGACGAGAACGGUGCCGUAAAGGAGAAGCCCCGCGGAGCUGGCAAGUCUAGGAAGCUGAAGACGAUGGAGAUGAAUGAGACGCAGAUCAUCAAGGCAAAGCUCGACUCCCCUUCACGGCCGAGGCUAAAGAAGAGGUCGACGGCAGAGCCAACCAUGACGAUGACGAUCCACACCAAGUCAGCGACGGACGACAUUUACGACAUUUUCAACCAACCACUCGCCAACAAGGCCGAGAGUGAAGCUGGUGACUCGGACGAUGACUACGAUACUGACGGCGAUUACACCAGUGGAGCUGAAAGCACCUGCACCACGAGGCAGUUUGGAGACGAGUUUACAGAGGCAGGUUAUAUCACUGGGGAUAUCACCGAAGAUGUCACCAGAGAUGUAACGGGCGACGUGACCGAAGAUGUGACGUCGGCGGCGGAUGAGACGUCAGUUGCCGACGAGACAUCAGACGUCAAGAGUGUUAGCGAAUGGUCGGAUUUCUCCACCAGGAGGCAUGUUCCUGAUGUUCACGGCGAUGUCACUGGAGAGCAUGGCGUCGGGGAAGAGGAGGAUGAAGUCUCUGACCUCAUUGACACGAGCGACCCCGACCCAUCAGCCUUCAUAUCGGAGUCGGGCGAUGCUACCGGGGAACCGCGGGACUUUGGCGACGACCUGAUAACUCCGGUUGACGGCCCCUCCCCGCCAUCGGGACUCGGACUACCUUUGGAUCCGGUUGAGGUGGCUAACAAUCGCCUGCCGUUCAUGACACCUAUCACCGAGAGGACCGAAGUCUCGCUCGAGGUCUUGUCCGCGCGCGUGGACCACUGCAAGACACCCUCACGCCGCAUCGCCGGCGAUGUGUCGGAGGACUCUUCGAGCGAGUUUAGUAGCCCGCUACUCGAAGUUGACGAGCCCCCUACCCCGUCGAGGACGCCGCCCCCGUUCCUGAAGCAGCAGAUGGCUGCUGCCUUGGCAAAGGCCAAGACGGAAAAGGUCCUGCCACCUAAAGGGCCCAUCAUCAAAGAUGCGCAGUGCAACCCGGUGGACGAUGGUGUCCGCCUUGAGAUCCUCGCCAAUAUUCAGCCACCGUUGCCCUCCUAUGCUGGCUUCUACGACCACCAGAGCGAAAAAUACGAAAAGGGCGCGGAGAUUCGCAAGUUUGCCAAGGCCAUGACGAAGGCCAACAAGAGCAGUGGCGACAAGACCAAUACAAUGAGCGGUCCGGUCAUUCAGCUACCUCAGAUCCCGGCUAGCUAUACAGUCAAGAAAGAGCUCGGUGCCGGUGCAUUCGCACCCGUCUACCUGGUGGAGAACUCGGCGCCAGAGGAAGAAGCAGAAGACGACGGCCAGGUGGCCAUGGGAAAGGGCGCGUUUGCCGUCUCUCACCGUGAAGCGCUCGAGGCUCUCAAGAUGGAGAUACCGCCAUCGGCAUGGGAGUUUUACAUGAUGAGGCUUGCUCAUACAAGGCUGGGCGCAGGCGACCGCGUCGUGUCUUCCUUGACGUAUGCCCACGAGAUGCACCUUUUCCAAGACGAAGGAUUCCUCGUGCUGCCCUACCACCCCAACGGCUCGCUGCUCGACGUGGUCAACUUUUUCCGGACGGAGCCCUCCGGGGUCAUGGAUGAGCAGCUAGCCAUGUUCUUCACUAUUGAGCUGCUGCGCACGGUCGAGGCCCUGCACGGGAAAAGCGUGCUGCACGGCGAUCUCAAGCCAGACAACUGUCUCUUGCGGCUCGACAUUGGCCCGUCGUCGCCGGCACUUUCGGCCGAGUAUCGGCCCGACGGGAGCGAUGGCUGGGACGCCCGCGGGGUGACGCUCAUCGACUUUGGCCGUGGCAUCGACAUGCGGGCCUUUAUCCCCGAGGUGAGCUUCAUCGCGGACUGGAAGACGACGGCCCAGGACUGCGCCGAGAUGCGCGAGGGCCGGCCCUGGACGUGGCAGAUUGACUACCACGGACUGGCCGGGAUCGUGCACUGCCUCCUCUUUGGCCGCUACAUUGAGACGAUGCGCGCCGACUCGGGCGGGCUCGGCGCCGCGCGCAAGUACAAGAUUCGCGAGUCGCUCAAGCGGUACUGGCAGGUGGACAUUUGGACCCAGUGCUUCGACCUCUUGCUCAACCCCGCCUCCCACGCCCCCGCCGAGGACGGCGCCAAGCUGCCCCUCCUCCGGGGCAUGAGGGCCGUGCGGACCGAGAUGGAGGCGUGGCUCGUCGCCAACUGCGAGAGGGGCGCCGGCCUUAGGGUCCUCGUCGGCAAGGUGGAGGCAUAUGCCAAGGCGAGAAAGGAGGCGAGGCGUGUCUAG